ACGAUUGCGUAGGUAACGGAAAGGUGCGUGCUUGUUGCGAGUGUUUGAAAAAUAAAAGCGGUUUGAAAACCCCGAGUGGAUCGCAGCAUUCGAUUUAGAUAAAAUUCCAUCAACUAAAACCUCAGUGUGUUCUAACGACGGUAAUUUGUGUGUUUUGCAAAAAGGGUUGUGACGCAGAUCUUAAGCUUUGAGCUCCAAAGACGAAGGUGAAUCUUCUGAAAUCGUUCCUCGGAAGUGUUUAACAUACAGCAGAUGCUAAAGUUUGGAAUUCAAUGUCAAAACAUCCAGCUUGAUCGACGGUGUAGAGAUUGUGUGCGUCUUUGGCGAGUGGCUACGGAUUCCCUUCGAGAAACUAACGCCUCAACCUCAAGAUCGACCCAAGAAAAGGCAUCGUCGUGUAGGCUUGUUUAGCUUGUUGGUGAAGAGUUUUAUUGCGACGCAGAAUCAACGUGCCCUAACUGUGUAGAGUGAUUCCUGUGCGUUUGGUAAAUCUUCGUUUGUGUGUGGCGCGCGUGGGGAGUGUCUUUGGGUAGUUUUAGCGAUUCUAUGCGAAAUUUUCGGUAAAGUGUCUAGCUCCAGUGCUUAAAUCGGGCAAAGCGUGAGUGUUUCGUGCGUGCCGAGUGGUUUGAAUUUGUAAACACGUGGUCGCACAUUGGUCAGCCGCAGCCUAGACGCUACAUUCCAAUCCGUGGUGUUCGAAGCAAAGGGAGCAUCGAGCGGAGAGCACAAACCGACGAUCGAUCGACGAUCAUUAACGAGUUGGCGGCGAAAUUAGACAACCCGUUUGCUGUGUUCUUGGAGAGUGUGUUGGAGUUGGUGUGUCUUCCGUCUUCUAGCUUAAAGAUUCAAAGGCUCCAUCGACGGUUUCCCUUCACACGCGGAACUUUUGCCAAAGUGUGUGUGUGUUGAGCCCUGUUCGCGAAACUCGAGGAUCGCCAUCGGUGGUCGAAAAUCGAAACCCCUGGCCGGCAGCGUCUGCCAGUGAUCGACACACGAUCGUCGCAGACGGACCACCGUUGUGAACCGUUUGUGUGUGUGUCAGCAGCAAUAGCCUCCAGCCCCAGGGCAGGACCUCCCGUGCCAUCGCGUGGACGGUCCGAACGGACUUCAUCGGACUCGCCUCAGUGCCUCGGUGUGCUGAGCGAUAGAUAAAACACGGAAAAGCUCGUUUGCGACGUUAUCAGGUGAAUGUUUUCUGUCUAGACCUGCGACAGGUAACUAGCAGCGAGCGAUAGGCUAGUUGGCCAGUCUGUGUGUGUGUGUGUUUUUGUGUAAGUGGAUGAUAAGGAAGCUUGAGCUUUUUCGGGUUCCCUUUUGCGCUCGGCGUCGAAGUCGGUGUUUUAGGAACGCGAGCGGUCGAUGACAAUGUUUGGUGCGGCCGGGAAGGCUGGUGAUGCUGGUCAUCGGUGCUGCGCGUGGUGUCCGAUGGUGUCGCAGGCAAAGGUCCCGUGUGCAGUGAUCGUGUCGUCGUUCCCGGUAGCUCCAGUGCGGUGUGAUAUCUAGGCGGCAAGAAGUGGCUGCAUUUUGUGAUAGAAAACGAAACCUGUGGGGUGGAAAAAGUAGGAAAAAAAGGCGAGACGCGUUGAUAGUGUCGUUUUGGAGAAGAAUCGUUGUCGUUUUGUGGAGUGUUUUUCGUGCAAGGCGAGUGCAAGUUACAAGCAAGCAUUCCUGAAGUGGGUAGUGGAGCCGUUAUCGCUGCAUAGCUUGAAGUGGUUCCGUUUAUGGUUGGUCGCGAGAAUAUCAGUCAGCGCAGGAAGUCUGGACGAUUUCCUGGGAGCGUAAAGAAGCGAUAGAGAGAGAUAUAUAGUGAGUGAGUGUGUAAGUGUAUGUGUUUUCAGAAGAACCGGAGCAAAGAAUCGCAAAGCCCGAGGAGACCCUACCGUCGCCUUCAGACACACCCAGCAGCAGCAGCAGCAGUAGCAGCAACGCCUUUUCUACUUCGCUAAACCCACCAGCUUCCUCUCCCCGUAGUCAUGACAACGAAUACUAGCAACCUGAAGCUAUCUGGAAAUAUCAUAGGUCUGACAGGCAAGCAAUCACAACCGCACACACAACAGCAACAGCAGCAGCAGCAGCUUCAACAGCAGCAACAGCACCAUCACCAGCUCCAGCAGCAGCAUCUUCAGCAGCAAUUGCACAAGCACAAACUCAAACAAGCCCAACAGCACCUCCAACAGCAGCAACAGCAACAGCAGCAACAACAACAUCAGCAAGUAUCAGGUACGGUGGUGACGACCUCACUGUCGAACGGUGUCGGGCACCAUCCUGGCGGUGGCAUCUUCACGUCCGCCCUCAAUGGUGGUGGGCUGGUAAAGUCCCCGAGCGGUAUCCCCCAGCAAACGUCGGCCGGUGGUGGUGGUGGGACGGGCCAGGCACCGGGUAGCCACAUACCGCCCCGCUAUCAACCACCACCGCACCCACCGGGAGGUAUCCUCAAGAACGGGUACACGAACGGCGGUCACCUGAAAGCAGCCUACCAACGACCGGAAGGAGCCCAAAACGGAGGACUCGCGUACAACGGCACCGGCAAAGGAUACUUCGGCGAGCAUCUGAAGAAGCCGUCGAAUCCAUCCCGCUUGCUUGCGCCCCGUCAGCAUAUCCGCUUCUCGAAUCUACCUCCACUGGUGAACGGUGGUCCAGCGGCUCCGGCGAGCCAGCCGGUUCAAUCGCAGCAGGCUACGAUCACUGUCCAUCAGCAACAGCAGCAACAGCAGCAGCAAAUCCAAACGCUACAUCAUCUUCCUCCAGCACCGCACGCAAGGCUCAGCUCGGAGUCUUCCUCGGAAGAUCAGACGACCAGCUCGACCCGAUCGUUGCAGGCUCAUCUGGCGCACGCGAAAGCCCAACAACCGGCACCGGUAUCGAACGGUCCCUCCGCCGGUCACAUCCAUCAAACGACGGCAAUAGUGCAUCAAAGUAGUCAACCCGCGAGUGCGAACGGACCGACCACGAACGGGUCGGGUCUGCACAAACCCUCCCAACCUUCCCACCUGCCCACUGCGACCGGUGUCCAUCAGCAGCAGCUUCAGCAACAGCAGUCCCAGCAUCCGGUUCAGACACUCCAGCAGCACCAAUCAGCACAGCAGCAGCAGCAGCAGCAGCAGCAGAACCAGGAAAUGUUGAAGUUUGUCCGGAAAGCGGAGUCCGAAACCUCCUCCACACCGACCUCAUCCAGUGGGGGUGGAGGUGGUGGCGGGGGACGCAUCUCGGCGCUGGAGCAGAACCGGCACUUUCAGAAUCUGCUGGCCGAGCUACGGGCACUGAAAGAGGCUAAUCAGCGGCUAAGCGAUGACAAUCAGGAGCUGCGAGAUCUGUGCUGCUUCCUGGACGACGACCGGCAGAAGGGACGCAAGCUGGCCCGGGAAUGGCAACGGUUCGGUAGGUACACGGCGAGCGUUAUGCGGCAGGAGGUCUCCGCUUAUCAGACGAAACUGAGACAGCUGGAUGACAAGCAGCAGGAGCUGAUCCGUGACAAUUUGGAGCUGAAGGAGCUGUGCCUGUAUCUGGACGAGGAACGAAACAACACAGGUGGUCGCACGGCUACGGUCUGCUCUAGCUGUGGUAAUUCGGGCAAUUCGGCCGUCCCGCUUCGAGACGACGGCGAUGGCAGCAGUUCUAGCACGAAUGCCGACGAGAACCUGCACAACAUUGCGCAGUUUGGACGUAAUGGAAUGGAUCUAAACAUGCGAUCGACCCUAAGCGAUCAAACGCUUCAGUACGUCCGGGCACUUGAGUCGAGGAUACGGCAGCUAGAGGAGGAACGAGCGGUAGUGCUGAACAAUAGUGCAACGACCACCGCCGGUGCCACAACGAACGGCACAGGGCAGGUGACAACGACCUCCUCCCAUCCCGAUCCCAUCUCCGGCCGCCCCGAAGCGGUCGUACGAGCGUUGCAGGUUUUGGAAGUACGCGAGCAGCUAGAGCGGGAACGAAUCGGCAACACUCCACCGGAUCAGCUGGACGACGGCGAGAAGGCACUGGUACGCGAGAUGUGUAACGUUGUGUGGCGUAAGCUGGAGGACGCGCCCAACACCGGUAUCGAUCAGCACGUCUAAGCACGUGGCUGGUGGACAGAGAGGCAGAAAAGUGAGGCUUACACUGAUGCAUACUCCUCAUUUUUAUUUCGAAAUAGGACGAUGUACAAAUUAAUUAUAGCGAAGAAGGGGGGAAUGAAAGGCACACAAAUGGCAGGAGCACUCUGACAGGGUUUUAGAUGGGACGACGAUGUUUGGACGACACGAAGAAAGAGCAGGUUGAGUCAGGAAGAGUUCGAUUUUAUUUGAGGCGAAGUUCCUAGAGAGCGAUCUUGCCGAUGAAGGCAAAAUCCACUCUCCACGCAUAUCAUGACUAAGCGCAAUGAUGGUGAUGAUGAUCAGCGGGAACGGCUUACAAGAGAUCGAUGGUUGUGUUUGCUUGAGUGGGUCCUUUGAUCCUUGCGCUCUCUUCUAUCGUCCUUAUUGCCGUCCCUAUAUCUGUGUGAGUGUGUGCAUUGAUUGUGUCCGUGGAGAAGUUGUACAAGCUUUAGUGAUAGAUAUUUAUCGGCGGCUUUUUUUCCAAGAGCAGCUAUGCCUUUCUUAUGUACACUAGCCAGCUCUUUAUCAGGCUAUCAGGUUUAAGCGUCUUGUAGCGUGCAGGGUGUACAAAAAAUGUUAAAUGUUUGUCUAUGUUCGGUGUGUUGAACCUAUCUAACAAGGUGUAUGUGUUAUCUUGCGUUAGAGAUUGUCACUGGAGCUUACGUUUACGUGUUCGUUCUUAACACGUUAGAUGUCGUAUUUGCUUUAUUAUGCAUGGGAAAUAGAUGAGGAAAGAGAAUUUAUAUACAAACGUGUACAGAGUGGAGGUACGACUUCGGAACGAUCAAUCAGAACUAUACACGAUAAUGAUUUCUAUGUUAGAGUGUUGUUUUAUGUAUGCUUUCCAUUGCGUAGGCUUAUACAUACGUACGUAUUAGGUGUAUUUUUUAUAUAUGAAUAUGAAUAAUAUUUUAUUAUCAUUAUUAAACGCUUACAAUUGUUAUGUCAAAAAAUGGGA